AUGAUGUACUUUAUUAUUAUUAAAUGCAUUUCUAAAGCAUUUAGUAAAUCACCUCCAGUAUAUUCAAAUGUGAAUAUAGCUAGUCGUUCAACACCAUAUCCAACAAAUGAAUCAUCAAUGCCAAUGCCAACACCAAUGGGAACGGGAGUGACUACUGGUGGAAAUUCAUCAUAUUCAUAUCCAUAUGGAUAUCCACAAACACAAAUUCCUCAAGAUAUUUAUCGAGAUUCUGUUCAAACAGCUGUUUUAGAUAGAGUUCGAAUUCGUUUAGAUGAAACAAUGCAAAUAGGAAAAGCAGAAAUAGAUUCAUUUAAAAAAACUGAACAAGACUUAUGUGAUGAAGAAAAAAGAAUUCAAUCAUACAUUAAUGAUGCACAACAACAACAAAUUCAAGCACAAAACUACAUAACAAAUUUACAAGUAAAAACUAAUGAAAUAUUAGAAGCGACACAAAAAAUGUCACCAUCAUCAUCGUCGACAGGAAAAGAAAAUUCUGUUAAAGAAGAUGCUCUUAUAACUCCUACAUCUGUUUAUAAAUAG